AUGUCCACUAUGUGCAGCAAAGUUUUUGGAAACGCUUCUGCUCUGGCAAAGCACAAACUGACACAUAGUGAUGAACGCAAAUACGUUUGUACUAUGUGCGCUAAAGCAUUCAAAAGACAAGACCAUCUAAAUGGUCAUAUGUUAACGCACCGGAACAAGAAACCCUAUGAAUGUAAGGCUGAAGGUUGCGGCAAAUCCUACUGCGAUGCACGGUCCUUGCGGCGUCAUCGCGAGAACCAUCAUGGUUCCUCAACGGCAACAGAUGGUUCAAGUGGAAACCAGAGUGCGGUUAGCGGCAGCAACACCAGCAGCAGCAAUAAUAACAAUAGUGCUUCCAAUGCCGAGACCGCGGCGGGAUCGCCUUCCGCCGCGAGCUCAUUAUCCCCAUCCACAGCAUCAGGUGAUGCAUCAUCACCUCAUGGUUCUUCUUGCAUCCAGUACGUGGCUUCUCCAACUCAGUCUGGUCAUCGGACAGCAACAGUAAGCCACCGCAGCAGCACAAAUCAUACACAUUCACGUAGUAAUUCCACAAGCUCGACAGCAAUUAGUGCUGGCGCAGGCAAUGAAGGUUUAACAACGCAGCAAUUAGAACUUAUAAGCCAAAUUAUGCAGCAGACAAAGCAGCAGUCAUUACAGCAGCAAAAUAUUAAUAGAAACAACAAACCUCCAAGAACGUGGAAUAUGCAGACACAAUUGCAGCAAUCACAGAAAAAAACAAAUAAUGUGACAUCAACAACCGCCGUCACAAGUACCAACAUAGCAACAGUGAAAAUAUCCAACGGCAGCAAUGGCAACAGCGUUCAUAGCAGUGUUUCUGAUGCUAAUAAAUCAGGAACUGUUGAUCAGUUAGAACCGAAACCGGUUGAAUGCAAUUUAUGUCAUCGGAAGUUUAAAAAUAUACCAGCUCUCAACGGACAUAUGAGAUUGCAUGGAGGUUAUUUCAAAAAGGAUUCUGAUAACAAAAAACCCGAUAAAAAAGAAUCAGCAUUGCCUCCAUUACAAACUGCAAGUCAAAGUGUUCGUGCUCUGAUAGAAGAAAAAAUUAUAAGCAGACAACAGCGCAGUACUGUUACAACACCCACAUCUACAACACCUCAGGUGCAGCAGGUUGCCCGUCAGCAGGUUCAACAGAUAAUAAAUCGCAGCAGUGAUUUUGCUGUACCUGCGACUCCUCCAAGAAGAAGUUCAGAAGGAGAGGCGCAAUACACUGAACCUACCACUACGACAACAAACAAUGGAAAGGACGCCACACUUAUAGAACUCCUCAAACGAGGAACCAAGCUCCAAGUAAAAAGAUCUCUGUCAGACUCUGGUGCAUCAGCUUCCGUCCAACUUAAUCUGCAGCAAACAAAUACAACAACUGCCAAUGUUACAGCAGGAGAAGUAUUUACAUUAGCCUAUCAAAAUCCAACCACUGGAAGUACUAAUACUUUUUACACCGCUGGUGAUGAGGUAUAUGUCCAAGAUACUGCGAUGCUACUUCAGGCGGUGAAUUCCAUUCAGUUAUUGCAGCAGGAAACAGAUUCCGAAGAGCAGGAGACCUUACAAGAUAUAGCGAGUUUAGAAGAUUAUGCUGCAGUUUCUGCUGAUCUCGAUGUCCAAAGCCCUGAAGGUAAUAAAAUAGUUUCAGUAUAA